AUUGCAGAUGUGAUAUAUCAAUAUGAAUCCAUCCUAUCCACUACCAAAUCCAAAUAUUGACCUGUCCAGUAACCCAUUUGCUGCGUUAUUGCAACCAUCAACAGCUGGCACUGCAAAGUCAUUAGAAGAAUGUAUGGAUGAAAGUGUUGAGAGCACUUUGUUAUCAGAGGCUGACUCUGAGAAAAUUAAUAUAUCAGAACAUGGUAGUGAAAUAGAACUUGGAGUACAAGCAGUCGCGACUGAAAAAUUGGAAAUUAAUAAUUCUAUACAGAAGAUAUUCCUGAUAACAGUUGACAAAGAUCCUCCUGUCACUGACCAGAAUAUGCCGCAUAUUGUAUCUAUCUACCUGACCUAGCAAUAGAAAACUACUGGUUAGACUGGGACAAUCUUGACCAGGGAUUAUUUGAAAGACUGUUAAUGGAUGACCCGGAAAAGAAUCUUGUACGUACUUGCACAGCCGUC